CACAUUAGCGGCUUAAACCUGUACCAGCUAGUUGUGGUUUGCUUUGAACAUGUUUCCAGUAGUCUGCGACAUAAACUGCGUGACCCCCACACUCACGGAUGAAGAUAAUCUGAGCCUGCAGUGGAUAUUUAAUGCUGAAGGACAGUUUUGCUAACUACCACCCUAAUGGGCUGGUGUAGAUUUCAUCAGAUAUUUUAAUCCUGACUUGUAUAGGAACAAGGACCUGCUUUAUGGAUCCACUCCAACAUGGCAAUUCAACACGAGAGUCAGGAUUUUGCAUCUUGCACAGCAACCUGUUAAAUCCUUUGAAGGAAAAUGACAUAUCGUGGGCUCGUCUUUGGAUGUUUCUCUGAAACAAUACUGUAAAUGGAGUGAGAGGAGACAAAAAAAAAGGUGGAAGAAAGAGGGGUACAGCAGCCCAGAGGAGAAGACGGCUGAUAGUGGAGCUAUUAUCCCAGGGACAUGCUGAGGAUGGAACAAGGGGAAUCUGUCCUUGACUAGGACACAAUCUGGAGAUGGAGAGAAACCGUAUAAUUUCUUUUUUUUAAUGGAAAGCAUUUCAGAUGAGAGAGGCAAAUACUGCAAUGGCUGGUGAAUAUGAAGACUGACCCCGAGAGCAACUCCAUUCAUGGCCUACAGAUGAAUUGAAGCCCCACCACAUGUGCAGUUCAGGGUGCAUACAGAGUGUGCUCGCCUUGUGGAUUUCUUCCUUUUAUCUCCACUACUGACACAAAAAAUGGACUCAAUCAUUUCUAAGCUUUAAAAACAUUUCCUGUAUGUCUUCAGGGCUAUCUAGUGGUUGUCUGGUUGAUGAUAAAGUCAUCAGUCUGAGCCACUGUGGAGAAAUGUCUAACAUUAAGAUGAAAGGACCAGCUGGAAGAAGAUGUAUUAAAGACUGUUUUUCAAAACCUGCAACAGACUACUGCAGACAAGUUCCUGUCUGUUUUCCUUUCCCCCUCAUCUUCCUACUCCUUUUCUCCCUGGUUACACCUGCUCUGUCCAUUCAUAUGGAGUCUAUAGAGAGCCACAGCGAGUUUAGCUGUGAGCCCAUCAGACUGAGAAUGUGCCAGGAUCUGCCUUACAACACCACUUUUAUGCCCAAUCUACUGAAUCACUACGACCAGCAAACGGCUGCCCUGGCCAUGGAGCCUUUCCAUCCUAUGGUGAACCUGGUGUGCAGCGCUGACCUGAGGAUGUUCCUGUGCGCCCUGUACACUCCGGUGUGCACAGUCUACGGCCAGGUGUCCAUGCCAUGUCGGUCUCUCUGCCAGAGAGCCAGGGAUGAGUGUCACAAACUCAUGGAGAUAUUUGGAGUAGCCUGGCCAGAUGACAUGGAGUGUAGCAGGUUCCCAGACUGUGAUGAACCCUACCCUCGUCCAGAGGACCUGCAGACAGGCUCUGACCCCACUGACCAGUCAUCUAUGACUGUCCAGAGAGACUAUGGUUUCUGGUGCCCCAGGGAGCUCAAGGUUGACCCAGACUUGGGUUACACAUUCAUGGGCAGGAAGGACUGUUCUGCCCCAUGCCCCUCGAUGUUUUUCAACAAGCAGGAGCUGACCUUCAUCCGCUACUUCAUAGGAGUCGUUUCCAUUGUCUGCCUGUCUGCAACACUCUUCACAUUCCUGACGUUUCUCAUUGAUGUUACCAGGUUUCGAUACCCUGAGCGGCCAAUAAUCUUCUACGCUGUGUGUUAUGUCAUGGUGUCACUGGUUUUCUUUCUGGGCUUUCUGCUGGAAGACAGGGUGGCGUGUAAUGCAGCCAGCCCUGCCCAGUUCAGAGCUUCAACCAUAACACAGGGCUCACACAACAAGGUAUGCACCCUGUUCUUCAUGGUCCUGUAUUUCUUCACCAUGGCCGGCAGCGUGUGGUGGGUCAUACUGACAAUCACUUGGUUCCUGGCCGCCGUACCUAAAUGGGGCAGCGAGGCCAUUGAGAAGAAAGCCCUCCUCUUUCACGCUGUUGCCUGGGGGCUCCCAGGGGCCCUGACUGUCACCCUGUUGGCCCUGAACAAAAUUGAAGGAGAUGGGAUCAGUGGAGUGUGUUUCAUAGGGUUGUAUGACAUAGACGCCCUGAGGUGGUUUGUUCUGGCACCACUCUGCCUCAACGUGGCGGUGGGUAUCUCUCUCCUGUUAGUGGGCAUUGUGGCUCUGAACCGGGUGCGAAUGGAAAUCCCUCUGGAGAAAGAGAACCAGACCAAACUAGUCAAGUUCAUGAUCCGAAUGGGAGUGUUUUCUGUGCUCUACCUGGUCCCCUUGUUGACUGUGAUCGGGUGCUACCUGUACGAACACACCUACCGCAGCGUUUGGGAGACGACGUGGAUGGAUGAGAACUGCAGGCGUUAUCACAUCCCCUGCCCGUACAAGGUGGAGCAGUCCAACCAUCCAGCCAAAGUCGUGUUCCUGAUUAAAUAUCUGAUGAUGUUAGUGGUGGGCAUCCCCUCAGUUUUCUGGGUGGGCAGCAAGAAGACUUGUUUUGAAUGGGCUAACUUCUUACAUGGACGCAGACACAAAGACAGUGGGGUGAAUGAGUCUCGGCAGGUGCUGCAGGAGCAGCCAGACUUUGCCCAAUCUCUGUUGCGUGAACCCAACACCCCCAUCAUUAGGAAGUCCAGAGGAACAUCCACUCAGGGCACCUCUACCCACGCCUCCUCCACCCACUUAGCUGUUGUGGACGACCUCGACGAACCAAUCAGAACUCACCAUGGCCACCCCACCUCAACCAGGAGUAAGGCCAGCAGCGUCCACAGCAAGACCAGCUACCACAGCAGCCUGCGGCGCACUCGUGACGACAGGAGUGAUACUAUGGUUUACCGAGGUACAGAGGAGCGUAGUUUCCAUGGCAGCAUGCCACGUCUCGACCACCCGCUCUCCACUCACAGCAGCCUCCAUCAGAUAGACAGCCACUCAAGGCAAGGAAGCCAGCGAGAUGCAUCUGAGGCCCCGCCUGCACUGAUCACUCACGGAACGAUGGCAAGUGACAGCCAAGCUGCUGAGAAUGAAGGCACCAGCGCCUGAGAAGAGCUACAAAUCUUACAAGAAAUUAUUUUAAGGAUGCUGUUGAUGUCUUUUAAAGGAAGAUUUGACCCCAGCAGACACACACCCCUCUGUUUUAGUGUGUAAACGAUUCCUCUAAGAACAUGGAGAAUGAACCUGUCAGUGCUGUGGUGGUCAUUUUUGCCAUCAGUUCCAAGCUGAUCAUUUGUUGUGUGGUGUAGCUAAAGGCUAACAGUUCAGUUUAGUGAACUUGACUGAUCUCUCAGAGACAGUUUAGUUUCACUGUAAGCUGGACAAGUUUGUUUACUUAAUUAAUUGACACGGCAGAUGACAGAUGAUUCGUACAGGCUGAGCCAACAAUAAUAAAUAUCCUCAGAUGUUUGGGAACAUCAGUGAUGCUGACAUUAUUCAGGGAUCAUUUUGGACCAGCGCUAGCACUGGAUAGGAAACACUGAAAGAGUGGAAAUGAGAAGUCGUCACACUUCAUGGACAAGAACACUUGGAUAGAUUUGUUUCCUCCAGGUGUGCUCUGUAUGAUUUAUUAGCUCCUGGGUUUGAAGGUUGGACACCGGUUUGUUCUUUAAAGCAGCAUGACCAGUCUUAUGGUCACAUUAUUUCCAAAUCCUGAUCGCUCACCAUCUUGCAGGACCUACAUGAAUAUUAUUAAAUAUGUGAACACUGCCGAGUAUUGCUUUUGUAACAAUCUUAAAAUGUUUGUCUUGACCUGAUUAUUCCUUAUCUUUUUUUUGUUCUGAACUGCAGCUCUUAACGAAUGACGUUUAUCUUUGUGUGGCUUCAGAGGCCGACAUAUGUGGGCUUAAUGUGAAACUGUGGACCUCUCUGUGGUUUAGUGAAAUAUUUUUAUACUGUGAAAACUGUCUGUCUGCUGCUAAAAGCUUCAUUUUGCAAGUGUGUUUGUGUGUGAGAGAGAGAGAGAGAGAGAGUGUGAGUGAGGAGUGAGAAAAAGAGACACAAGUGGUCAUACACUGUUUUAAACUCCAGUGGUGAGAAAUCAUGACAGAGGGAGCUGAGAGGUGAAAACUAGUGUAUCCCAGAAUGUAAAAGGGUUGUUUCAGAGUCAGAUAUAAUGCAGACAUGGUUGGGUGAAAUGAGCUGGAGUAAUGUGUGUGCACUUAGACACGCUCACAUUUAUCCCUGCCUCACAAAACCACUUCAGCACCGACUUUUCUGCGUAUAGGCUUUUGCUCGAGAGGUAGAAAAGGGCAGCUUUGGAAACAGGCAAAGUUUACUCAGACCUUUACCAUUGUCAGACAAACAAUCAAUGUCACAGAAUCCAAAAAUACACAGAAUAGGUGUACCAAUAACUGGACUAAGUCAGAUUCAGGCACACAUGCGUCACUGCAUAGAGUGUUACAUUUAAAAGUGAAAACCGAUAACAGUGCUUCUCUUCUGAUCGGUUGUUGUUUUUUGAUGAGAAGUGCUUUUUUUCUCAUUUAAUUGUCACUUGUACUUGAUAUGUACUCAAACUGCUACUGUACAUGCUCUUUGCUUCAGUUUGUUUGUUGUGUUGUUCAGAUAUAAAACUCCUACUUACCCAAAGAGGUGCAGACAAUUGGCAGUGAAACUGUGGAAAAAGAAGUUUGCUACUUGCUACAUUUUCUCUGGCAUUAUUUUACGUUUAAGUAAACGUUACAGGAAGUGUGUUUUGUUCCCAAUCCCUGAAUUAACCUACCUCACCUGUACCCUCAGCCUUCUCUGUACCUGUUCACACACACACACACACAACCAGGUGCGUUUUGUAAAAAUAGUCAAACUUGACACAAAAAAACAGUUCAUUAAAAUAGUGGUGUUUAUUUCUGAAGAAUCUAAACUUCUAACACACACCUUAGCUAUCCAUCCUCCCUGUUGGUUUUGUGUUUUUCCAGUCUACCUCCUCAGUUCAGAGCUAACUCAUUGGCCUUUCACUGCUGCCUCUCUCCUCCUGUCUGUCUGCACCUGUUUUAAAUUUCUCAUGACCAACUCCAAACUGUCAACUUGUCUCCCUGCAUAUCUGUUGUACAUAGAUUUUCUGUCCUAUCCGAUGACUAAUCUGCCUCACAUCUGCCUUCUGCCUCUCCUCCUGUAAAUGUGCCCACACCGAUCUUUUUUUGGACCUACAGCAACUGUCUGUACUCUGUACAAUUCGUGACUGCUUACAAACAUUAACCAUUGUGCUUUUACCUCGGACUUUACAACAAGAGACGCUGUGAUAAAUACCAUCAGUGAUCUCUCCUUUUCAGCUGUUAAAUAUCUCAUUCUUGUUAGUUCACCUAAGUCUGUGAGCAUUAAUAUUAAUCGCCCACGGUGAGACGUGAGGAAGAGGGUUUUUGAUGUCUCGCUGUGAUACAGCUUCAGAAUGAACUGCAGUAACUUGAAAAUACGAUAUAUUAUCAAUAAUGGUUCAAACACAUAAUAUUGUGAAUUCUGAAACUUGAGUUGUAUUUGCCUUUUAAUUUAUUUGCAGUUUGGGACUGUAAUGAACUCUUUUACAUGCAGUCUAAUAAACUUUUUACAGAC